AUGAACAAAACCAUUGGACUUGCUCAGAAAUACGGAGACAAGUACGGCCUGGAGUGGAGAUGGUUACCAUCAUUAUGCUGCCGGCACGGAGGCUACUACACAGUCAAUCAGCUGUUUGAAGUAGCGGAGGAAGCUCUAUUCUACGAACUCGAAGCCGAUCUGAAAGCUAUCGUCAGACGUGAGAGCAAGGUUGUGGAAUACAACCGACGAGUGUAUGCUCGCCAGCAGGAGAGAGAGCGUCAUCAGAAGAAUGCGAUCUUAGUGGUGCCCAAAGGCGACAAGAAUCAGGCUGAAACUGAAUCUUGCAACAGCAAUGUAAAGGGGAAUACAUCGGUCGUAGAUAUCUGUGACGAUGCGACUAUACGAGUAGACGCGCUCCGCCGCCGCAAAAUUCUCAAUUGCCGACAGUCUAGGCCUUUUCGGCUGCACCAAGAUAGUAUACAGCAGAAGCGUGCUCGCAUCGACAACGAUAAAGAGGGGCCUGCCAGCAAGAAACAUGCAUACUACGUGUCCGAAAACUCUGAAGACCCCAAAGGCUCCCAGGACUUAUUUUCGAGUGAUUGA